CCAAUCGAUGGCUAACACUAGUCUUGUUUACCAAUAUUCAAGAAUCUAACUUUUAAGCAUGGAUUCUGGUCCUGUCGAUGCUUUACGAGUUAGCCAGCUGGAUGCAUCAGAACUAGACCAAGAGCUGGUACAACUAACAAAGACACAGCUUUCACAGCUCUUUAAAUAUCACAAGGUCAACUUUUUAGCACGGUUUGAGCCAGAAAUACAAGCAGCCAUCAAAUUUCUCUUGUGGAAAUUUGCCCUGUAUGACAGUGGCGCCACUGUUGGCCAACAGAUCCUGGGCAUCUACUACAGACAACCAAGGAAAGUUAAUCCUGGUGCUGGCAUCACUGGCAGGGAGAAAAUCUUGUAUGCCUUUCUUGUGAUUAUCUGCCCUUGGCUGAAGGAGCGGAUAGCAACACUGUUGUCUUACUGUGGCCUAGGGCAUUUGGAGUCUGAGGUCAACUGGUGGCUGCAUCACGUGGAGACGGUGGUCAAGGUGUCCACUCUGAUCAACCUCCUGGUCUUUGUCAAGAGGGGAGUCUACCUGACUCUGGUGGAGAGGGUGUUAGGGCUGAGGGCACAGUUCCCACACAGGCAGGGGCAGAGACAGGUGGGGUAUGAGUACAUGACCAGAGAACUUCUGUGGCAUGGCUUCUCUGAGUUUCUCUUUUUCCUCCUACCCCUGAUCAACUUUCAAAGAAUCAAGAACACGGUAACUCGAUGGGUCGGGGUUCAAAGGUCAAACUCUCAAGGUCAUGUGAGGCACCGCACCAAUGCAGAUCUAUUGUCCUGCGCUGUUUGUGACCAGAGCCCUGUCAUGCCAAGAGAGAUUGGCUGCCGCCAUGUCUUCUGCUAUUAUUGUGUUGCUGCCAACUUUUCAGCAGAUCCUAACUACACCUGUCCACAAUGUGGCCACCCUGUGGUCAGCCAGACCAACAUUCAGGCGGUCAAACACCACAUCAACCCAUGACAGUCAAGCUCAACAGUACGCAACUGAACCAGGUCACUAUGUGGCUAGAGACUGACCACACCAUGUCGUUACACUGAUUUGAUGAGACUGAUAGAGCCACAUGUUUUGUGUUAUGGCUAGCAAAGACUGGCUUAUAACUAGCAGUACCAAAAAUGUGCAUGGUCUGAACACAGGGAUCC